AAUAUGAUAUAUAAAUGAUUACGAUAAAGAAUUUCCCACCAUAACUCCUUUUGCGACAACUGCACCAUAUAAGUAUAUCACAAUAAUAGAUACAGUUAAAUAUUCAGCCCAUUUGCCAUAAAACAAUUUAGCCAUUGAUCCAUAUUCGAAUUGGCUUUAUAAAGCAUAUUUUGAUUAUACUGGUUAAGAUGAAAUUUCUUCAGUCGAAUCAGAAACUGUGUGAGUUGCCUAAAUAUUCAAUCUAUCCAUUAAAUUUGUGUCUUUAUCAAUUUGAUCUGCUAAAUAUAGAGCCUAUAUUAAUUACUGAAUAUCAAACUACCUCAACAAUGAAAUCACAUGCUAUUAUACUUAUAAGACAACAUAUAGAAAGUGAUAUGGAAGUAUAACCAUAUCCAACUUUUACAGAGCUGAUUGGUAAUAGGAUAGGUCCAGAAGCCAUUAAGACAUUUAUGAAUAUAUUAAAAGCAGGGAAAGGCUUAAUAUAUUUCUAUUAUUGCAUUGAUUAAAUAUUAAAUUUGAACUUAUUUUUUAUUAGGAUUAAUAUUUACAUAUAUUAUUUUAUGUUAUUAAAGAUAUAUAUGAUUAUUUUUAACUUAAUAUUAUAUUUAAAUGAUAUAAUAAGAGGAUCUUUUCAAACUCCCUUGAAUAAUCUUAUUCCAUCUCUGCCUCCCCAAAGACCUCUAACCAUUAAUUACCAAUAUGCAAAUAGGAAGAAAUGCUUCUUCAUUAAGUACAUGAGUUUACUGUCUGA